GAUUGGUUUAGGCUAAAAAUUGGAAGGAAAGAUGGCGGCAAACAUGACAAACCUAAAUUUAACGAUGCUGUGCCCAAAACCGAUGAAGGCAACAUCGAAUGGGGCAUUUCAACAUGAAAACCCACUGGAUUAUGCACUUCCUUUGGCAAUUCUGCAGAUUUGUUUGGUUGUGGUUUUCACCAGAUUGCUUUCCUUGCUUCUGAGGCCUCUUAGGCAACCCAGAGUCAUUGCUGAGAUCAUUGGUGGGAUACUGUUAGGACCAUCUGCCUUUGGACGCAACAAGAAAUAUCUUCACACAGUGUUCCCUCCUCGGAGCAUGACGGUGUUAGACACCCUUGCUAACAUUGGCCUCCUCUACUUCUUGUUCCUUGUGGGUCUAGAGCUUGACAUGCGUUCCAUCCGUAAAACUGGGAAGAAAGCCUUGGCCAUUGCUCUCGCUGGCAUAACCAUCCCCUUUGUACUGGGCAUUGGGACUUCAGCUAUACUCGAAAACACUAUCUCCAAAGACGCAGCCCAUGCUCCAUUCCUUGUUUUCAUGGGUGUAGCUCUUUCAAUCACUGCUUUCCCUGUCCUUGCUCGUAUUCUUGCAGAAUUGAAACUCCUAACAACAGAUGCAGGACGCAUAGCUAUGUCAGCCGCUGCUGUCAACGAUGUGGCUGCCUGGAUACUCCUUGCACUAGCCAUCUCUUUAAGUGGCACUAAAACCUCUCCAAUUAUCUCUUUGUGGGUCUUACUCUGUGGUGUUGCAUUUGUUGGCUUUGCUAUUGUGGUCUUACGACCGGCACUGGCACUAAUGGCUCGACGCUCCCCUGAAGGAGAACCAGUGAAGGAGAUGUACAUUUGUGUGGCCUUAACGUUAGUGCUAGCAGCAGGUUUUGUUACCGACACCAUUGGCAUUCAUGCACUAUUCGGAGCUUUUAUUGUUGGUAUUAUAGUCCCAAAAGAUGGACCAUUUGCAGGGAUAUUGAUAGAGAAGAUUGAGGACUUGGUUUCAGGGAUCUUCCUUCCACUUUACUUUGUGUCAAGUGGUCUCAAGACAGACGUAGCCACCAUAAGAGGAGCACAAUCUUGGGGCUUACUAUGUCUUGUUAUAUUCACAGCAUGUGUUGGGAAGAUUGGUGGCACACUCAUCGUAUCUCUACUCUGCAAGGUGCCUUCUCGGGAGGCACUUGCACUAGGGUUCCUCAUGAACACGAAGGGGUUGGUGGAGCUUAUUGUCCUCAACAUUGGCAAAGAUCGGAAGGUGUUGAAUGAUCAAACCUUUGCUAUAAUGGUUCUAAUGGCACUCUUCACCACCUUCAUCACCACUCCUAUUGUGAUGGCUGUGUACAAGCCUGCUAGGAUGUCGGCGAAAUCAUACAAGCAUCGAACCAUCAAGCGUGUAGAUCCUGACACUGAACUUCGCAUCUUAGCCGCCUUCCAUAGUACCCGAAACAUUCCCAGCAUGAUCAACCUUCUUGAAUCCUCUAGAGGCACAAAUAAACGUCGUGGCGUCUCUGUCUAUGCCAUGCAUCUCAUGGAGCUUUCAGAGAGAUCAUCUGCAAUAUCUAUGGUCCACAAGGCUCGCAAGAAUGGGCUUCCAUUUUGGAACAACCAGAGGGAUGAUAACGAUCAAAUGGUUAUUGCCUUCGAGGCUUAUCAACAGCUUAGCAGUGUCUCUAUUCGUCCUAUGACUGCCAUCUCUAAUUUCGAUACCAUUCAUGAAGAUAUCUGUACCAGUGCAGAGCAUAAACAUGUCGCCAUCAUCCUCCUCCCCUUCCACAAGCAUCAACGCAUAGAUGGUGCAAUGGAGUCACUUGGCCACAGCAUCCACAAUGUAAACCAACUUGUACUCACCCAUGCUCCCUGUUCAGUAGGAAUCCUUGUUGACCGUGGCCUUGGUGGUACUUCCCAAGUCUCAGCCAGUGAUGUGUCCUUCUCAAUUGUGGUGCCUUUCUUUGGUGGCCAUGAUGAUAGGGAAGCACUUGCAUAUGCACUUCGGAUGUCUGAACAUCCAGGGAUCAAGGUUUCUGUGUUGAGAUUCAUGGCCCAUGCAGGGAAGUCCUUAAAAGAGGUGGCUAGUACUGGUGCUACUACCAAAAUUGGUCUUGGAACAGAGGAUGUGAAUGAUAGGAGUGUGGAUGAGGAGUUCUUAGCACUAAGUAGACAGAGCCACAACUCUGUAUUAUUUGAGGAGAAAGUUGUGGGAGGUAAGGCAGAUAUUGUAGCAGAAUUGAAGGCAAUGAACAAGUGCAAUCUGGUUGUUGUGGGACGAACACCGCCGAUUGUAUCUUUGGUUGAUAAAACUGAUUGUCCAGAAAUGGGGCCAGUUGGAGCAUUGUUAGCAUCAUCAGAGUUUUCGACAACAGCAUCGGUGUUAGUAAUUCAACAAUAUAAUUCCAAAGGAUCCCAUCAUCCAAUGGUGGAGGAUAGUGAAACAUCAGAUUCAAAUGAAAUGGCUGAAUUAUCUGUUUGAUUAACAAAUGAUCCAAGUUGAUUCCUAGACCAAUUGGGAAAUUGGGGUGAUCAGUCAAUAAUUUAUUUUCUUUGUUUGUUUGCCUUCAAAUUCCAUUUUGUGUUUUUAGCCAUCA